AAAAUAUAUUGAUAACAGAUGUUUAUUGCGAUUAAAAUUACGUAAGAUUUGAAUGAACAUGUAUGUAUAAUAAUAGACAAAAACUACUAUCUUCAUUUUAAAGGUGAGUUAUGUUUAUAAACUUUGUUAUUCAGUAAGUUAACAUUCAUAUCUAUGUAGUAAACAUAGUAUUGGGUUGACAACUAAAUGAUUGCGGAUUUUGUCAUUAAGUGAUAUUGACAAAAUCCGCAAUCAUUUAGUUGCCAACCCAAUAUUAUACAAAUCCAUUUUGUUUAAUUACCUAUUACAGUCAUAUUUUUAGGUGUAAAAUAACAUAUUCUAUUUUUGUAUUUAGAAAAUAAGUUUUCAGAAAUGUUAAUAUAUAAAAGAAUUAGUAAUUUCAUAAAAAGGUAUUACAAAAAUACAUACAAGAAAUUUUGUGUACGAUUUAUUUCUACAAAUCUAGAAUGGAAACCUUCAGUUGGUUUGGAAAUACAUGCACAAAUUUCAACAGAAUCAAAAUUAUUUUCUGGGAGUUCCACAAAUUUUAAUCAUCCAGUUAAUUCCUGUGUAUCAUUGUUUGAUUGUGCAGUACCUGGAACGAUGCCAGUAUUAAAUAAAAAAUGUGUAGAAGCUGGAGUGUUAACUGCUUUAGCUCUUUCUUGUGAAGUAAAUGCUGUUUCAAUGUUUGAAAGAAAGCAUUAUUUUUAUUCUGAUUUGCCUGCUGGCUUUCAAAUCACACAACAAAGGAAGCCUUUAGCUGUUAAUGGAGAAAUUAAAUUUAAUGUAUUCAAACCUGGAUUACACAAGAAAUCUUAUUCAAAAUCAUCAAAACUCAAACAAAUACAAUUGGAACAAGAUAGUGGGAGAAGUUAUCAUAAUGAAGUUCUUGGAAGAAGUUUAAUUGAUCUUAAUCGAGCUGGAAUACCUUUAAUGGAAUUUGUGUUUGAGCCAGAUUUAACAAGUGGAGAAGAAGCAGCAGCUCUUGUACAGGAACUGUGUCUCAUUUUACAUUUGUUAGGCACAUGUUCUUGCAAAAUGCAAGAUUGUUUUGCAUUUAUAGAAGGGGCUUUAAGGGUUGAUGCAAACGUUUCUAUAAGUAAACCUAAUGCACCUUUAGGCGUUCGAACAGAAUUGAAAAACAUUGGAAGUGUAAAUGCUCUCAACCGUGCUGUAAAUUAUGAGAUAGAAAGACAAAUUUCAAUUCUACAAAAAGGAGGACAAGUUAUUAAUGAGACUCGUGCAUGGAAUCCAGUAAACAAAAAUACAAUUCUCAUGCGUGAAAAAGAAGACAAACAUGAUUAUCGUUUUAUGCCUGAACCUAAUUUACCUCCCUUAUAUUUACACAUUAAGAGAAAUGUACAAAAUAAGUAUAAUUUAAUUGAUGUACCAUUUUUAAAAGAGCAAUUACCAGAGUUGCCAGAACAAAUACGUAAAAAUUUACUCCAGGGUAUUACACCAGACACGCUUGCAGGAGUAACGGGUAAUUUUGAUUUGUUUCUACUGUUUUGCGAUAUCUUAAAGAAUGGUAAACAUCUUGAUCCUCAGUUGGUGGCUAAACUUUUUAUUUCUGAAGUUUUAGCAUUUAUAGAUGAACAUAAUUUGAAUCUUACAUUUUGUGUUAAUAAUCAGAAGUAUAUAGAAGAAUUGAUGGACUUAGUACAAGCUAAAGUAAUAAAUCGACAGAUAUUAAGAAAGUUAUUAAAUGAAUUAGUCAACAAACCAAAUAAAAUGCCAAAACAGAUUGUUGAAGAAAAUAAAUGGUUUAUGAUAUCAGAUGAAAAGGAAUUGGAACUGAUAUGUUCAGAAAUACUUAAAACAAACCCUCAAUUGGUAAAAAAGUACAAAGCUGGAAAGAGAAGGAUAUAUAAGAGUUUUCUACGCAAGGCAGCUAUACUUACUGAGGAUUGUGCAGAUAUGGUCAAAGUGUCAAAAAUCAUGACAAGAUUAUUGAGUUAAUUUCAAAUGUUAUUUUUAUAAUAGAAGCAUUUUAAUAAUAACUUAUAAAUAAUUAAA